AUGGCUGACCUUCUCCGCUCAGAACUUAAGACCACAAAGGACCAAACAUUUUGCAGGAAUGAACACAACGUAUCGGGUUAUUGCUCCAAACAGUCGUGCCCUCUCGCAAACUCACGGUAUGCGACGAUUCGCUCGGAUCCCGCCACCGGAGAUCUAUACCUAUACAUCAAAGCGAUCGAACGCGCCCAUCUCCCGUCGCAAUGGUGGGAAAAGAUAAAGCUACCUAAGAAUUAUGGCCAAGCCCUCGAGCUUGUAGACCAGCAUCUUGCAUACUUCCCCAAGUUCCUUAAGCACAAGAACAAGCAGCGCUUGACUCGUCUUACUCAGGUCAACAUAAGGAUAAGGAAGUUGGCAAAGGAAGAAGAGCGCUUAGGAGAGCGCCUCGUUCCUAGAUUAGCGCCCAAGGUUCGCCGACGAGAGGAAGGCCGAGAGCGAAAGGCUCUUGCAGCCGCCAAGGUCGAGCGCGCUAUCGAGCGAGUUCUUAUUGACCGUCUGCGUAGUGGCGCAUAUGGCGAUCGACCGAUCAACGUCGAACCAAAUGUCUGGAAACGUGUCAUGAAGGGCCUGCAAAAGGAAGGCCAACUCAAGGGUGACGAGGAUUUGGAUGAGGGUAUUGAGGAUGAAGACGAGAACGAGUACGAACAGGAAAUGGAGAAUGGUGUCGGCGAAGUCGAAUAUGUGAGCGACAUAGAGGGCGAAUCCGACGACGACCUGGAGGACUUCGAGGACUGGAUAGGUGGACAGAGUCCAGACGAAGGCUCAGGUGAUGAGGACGACGAGAGUGGUAGCGAAGAAGACGAAAACGAAGACGAGUCCGAAGACGAAGACACAGAAGCUCUCAAGAAGACCCUGGCGAACCUCAAGCGCAAGCGUCCUGCUGGCCCGCCGCCCAAGCCCAAGAAGAAGCCAUCGAAAGACUCAAAGGGCCCGAGACGCGAGAUCGAGUACGAGAUGGAGAGGGAGCCCGCUGCGAGAGAAGCUAUGCGCAUAUAA